AAAAGCACAUCGUAACUUGUAUCAGUCUAGAGAAGGGAUCUAUUCAAUAUUAAGGCAGAGGAAUCUAGGACAAUCUAGACUAGACGGUUCAUUCAAAUGAAUGGUCGUUGGGUAAUUGCAGCUCUGAAAAUAAAGCCUGUUAUUGAAACAGUACCCAAUAUAAUUCCAGAUUAGAUGCAUGAGAAAGUUUUAGAGCAAGGAGGAGGAAGAGAGAGAGGAUCAGAACUUUUCCAAAAAUGAAGAGUGUUACUAUAUGGUAAUUUGCUCUUAUAGCAGCAUGCUGGUUAUAGAACAUUGAUUUUAGAUGUAAUAGUGCCAGCACAUUGUUAUGACUCAGAUACUGUUCAGUACCUCACAGCAAAACUUUAAAUUAAAGCAUGCAAUACGGCAAACAAAAGCUUCAGCUAGUACUUUAGUCUGUUCUGAAAUUCUGCAGCACCCUGCAUGGAUGCUGACCACAAGUUUGGAGACGUUUGAGCUCGAAGGUCUCCCUUCAUCCCCUCCAGGUGGGCUUUAUGCAUAACUUGGAGUCAUGAACCUUCAUCCAUGCUUUGCCUGUGACACCAGCUUGCAGUGGGUAAAACUGUUUAUAACAAAACAGAGACCAGAAGCCCAGCUUUCAAGUCAGCCUUCCUGCUGUUUCUACCUGUUAGGAUCUUUGCUGUGCUCCGGUUUCCUAGCUUCUCUGGACCUGGCCAUCCUGUUGCCUCUUCCCACAGGCUGUUCUGUCACGUUAUUCUCGCCGACUGCCUGCCCCUGAAAGCAGAGGUAUGUGUCUUACAGGCAGUAUACGGCAGAACGCCAAGCCAGUCUGAGAAUUCCUGUUAAGUUGAAACUACGAGCAUUAUUUUUGACAAUUAUUUACUAUUGAAUAUUCAGUGGGUGAAAUUGAAGGCUUUCACUCAGAAGAAAUCAAGAAAAAGAACCUGAGGCACACGGGCUCCUGGGCUGCUGUGGAUGGCCUUGGCUCUCCUGACCACUCUUCCCAGUAGGAUGUCCCUGAGAUCCCUCAAAUGGAGCCUCCUGCUGCUAUCACUCCUGAGCUUCCUCGUGAUGUGGUACCUCAGCCUGCCCCACUACAAUGUGAUAGAACGUGUAAACUGGAUGUACUUCUAUGAGUAUGAGCCAAUUUACAGACAAGACUUCCGCUUCACACUUCGAGAGCAUUCAAACUGCUCUCAUCAAAACCCGUUUCUUGUCAUCCUGGUGACCUCACACCCCUCAGAUGUGAAAGCCAGACAGGCCAUUAGAGUAACUUGGGGCGAAAAAAAGUCUUGGUGGGGAUAUGAAGUUCUCACAUUUUUCUUACUGGGCCAACAGGCUGAAAGAGAAGACAAAGUGUUAGCCCUGUCCUUGGAGGAUGAACACCUUCUUUAUGGUGACAUAAUACGACAAAAUUUUUUAGAUACAUAUAAUAACUUGACCUUGAAAACUAUUAUGGCAUUCAGAUGGGUAACUGAGUUUUGCCCCAAUGCCAAGUACAUCAUGAAGACAGAUACUGAUGUUUUCAUCAAUACUGGCAAUUUAGUGAAGUAUCUUUUGAAUUUAAACCACUCAGAGAAGUUUUUCACAGGUUAUCCUCUAAUUGAUAAUUACUCUUAUAGAGGAUUUUUCCAAAAAACUCAUAUUUCAUACCAGGAGUAUCCCUUCAAGGUGUUCCCUCCCUACUGCAGUGGGUUGGGUUACAUAAUGUCCAGAGAUUUGGUGCCAAGAAUCUAUGAAAUGAUGAGUCACGUAAAACCCAUCAAGUUUGAAGAUGUGUAUGUUGGCAUCUGUUUGAAUUUAUUAAAAGUGGACAUUCAUAUUCCUGAAGAUACAAACCUUUUCUUUUUAUACAGGAUCCAUUUGGAUGUCUGUCAACUUAGACGUGUGAUUGCAGCCCAUGGCUUUUCUUCCAAGGAAAUUAUCACAUUUUGGCAGGUUAUGCUAAGGAACACUACAUGCCAUUACUAAUCUGACAUUCUACCAAAACUCUAGAGAUGGACAGGAUACUUUGUGGGAAGUGUUAAAGUUGGUACUGCAAACUCUCCAGUGGAAAAGUCCUGGGAAGGUCCCUGUGCUGGCUUACACUGACCUGAAACUCAGAGAACCCGUAAGCUAGAGAUUACACUUUACUUGCGGGUUAUUUAGACAGAAAUCAAGUCAGACCCUUUAAAGAUACUAUGCAGAGGAAUUAAACAUCUUAUAAAGGAAUUGGAAGUCCUUGUUAAUAAAGCAAUUAGGACCCAACAAUCUGAACAUGUCCUUCAAUAGACUAGAAGAACUUCUUAACAGGGUUUCAUUGAAUUAUAAGCUCAUUAGUCUGUAACUACAAAGCAACAUGGAGUUCUAUUCAUUGAACAAUCUAUGUCAGUUAAGGGUUUUGUGUAUAUCUUAUGUGGAUUACUGGUUUUUAAAAAUAUGUAGUUCUGUGUAAAGUUACACUGAGCAAAAUUUCAUCUGUUUUUGGUCAUUUCAGAAGGUCAUUCAGCAGCAUUUCAGUGUUACUAGUUAUUUUUUAACAUCACGUAGUACUCUUCCUUGUCUUUGGUGAAUGUCAUGGUUGUUUCAGUACUGUAUAAAUGGAAUAGUGAAUUACCCUUUGCAUUUGAACUUUGUUUCCAGUUACUUUUCUGAUGAGUUUAUUUUCAAUAGCUCUGUUGAUGUAAAGUCAUUGGUUUUAUGGCAUGUCGGUAAUCUCUUGGACUUCUAUAAAUAUUUCACCGUGGUAAAACAGAGAAGAAUUAAAGCAAGAAGAUCUGAAUUACUGUCUUGUUUUUAGAUGUCACUUCAUCUGACUCAUUUUUGCACCUGGAAAUUAGGAAUAAUGCAAAUGUCAGGCAAAGGAUCUCCUUUUGGAAAGGACUGUGAAGUGAAAAAAGAAAAGAGAGAAUCUGAUGGCCAGAAUAUAAUGAAAAGGAUGUCAUGUUACAGUGCUUGAGUUAGAAAGUGAGCAUGUUAUUAGUCUGCUCCAUGUAUUUUUCUCAUUAAAAGUUGAUUUGAGAAUAAAGAGGAAGAAAAGUGAGAAAUGCUGCUGCUAUUGUUACUAGUUUCAUAUCAAGACGAAAGCCCUAAUAUGUGGUCUAAAAUCAAGUCUGAUUUCCAGGCCAUGUGGAAAGCACGUUUCUUCAUAGAGGUGAUGUUGGUCGAAGAGCAGUGCUGCCUGCUGCCAUGCUCUGGGAACUGUGCAGUUUCCCGUGGUAUCUGAUGCGGGACAAGUGGUUCCUUUUUUCUGGAUUACAUGAUGGCAAAAGAUUAAAUUUAAUGGCAGAAAGUAUAAACGAGAGUAUAUAGUCAGCUCUUCCUGUACUCAAAAUACUUACGAUUCUACUCUAAGAAAAGCCUAGUUUUGAUCAGAACCACUCUGUGUGAUUGUCUUCUCAUCCCCAUUGCACACCUGUGGUUGCCAGCCUUGCCUGUGAUCUGAUGCUCGUAUCCUCAUCUCAGGACCCUGGCAGAAGGGCAGCUCCUGUCUGAGACAUGCUGUUCUUUUACAGAGGAGGAAAAGAGCGAGUAGAAACACGCUGGUGUGCUGUACAUCCGGUGACCAAAGCUAAUCCCAGGCUGAGCCUCUGUCAGUGGUAGAGGGACGGGGAGUGUGUUCUCCGCACAGGACAUGGUGCCAAUCGUGUUGUGGCAGACAGGAGUGCAUUGUUUACCAGACGGGGAAUGAAUAGCUGAGUGGAGUAAUACUGCCACACGUAGUGUGUAAUGGAAAAGGAGGCUAAGAGAUGUGCAAUUCUGAGGCUGGCCCGCGUGGGGCAGCUUUUCUGGUUCACUUGAGGCUGGUGCUGUGAGCCCUUCCCUGAGAAGACUGCCCUUUCAUCUCUGUUAAUCUUUCUUUGGCUCUCUCCUAAAUGGUCUUGGCAUUACCAUGUUCCCACCAACUUGCCAGAUGUAGAGCUAUUUAUAACAACUAUUUCUGAGUGAGUUUGGGGAUGAAACCCUUUUCUUUGGGAUCUAGUAGACAGUUACUGCAGGAUAGAGGGAAUAACAGAAGAAUUGGAAGGGGGCCAGCUUUUAGAACGGGAAGAGUGAGUAUGAAAAAUGUGACCGGCCCAUCCUGCUAGUUUUGGAGUUUUCCUAUCCUUUAAUCCACCGGGAAUCAAUCUUUAUGUUGAAACUCCUCUGGAUUUUGUGUGCUUUGAAGACCAGCUCUCACUGGGACCCCCUCACACUCAUGAUCAGCUCCUUGGUUGUCCCACCAAACCUCCAAGGCGUCCAUCAAAGUAGAUGGCCUGUGCUGGCGGGAGUGUUGGUGGGGGAUGGAGCAAGCAUGGGAAACAGGCCCUCAGAGCCAAGGGGCAGUGUAGGCAGGCUCUGGACAGCAUUUGCGCCCAAAGGAAGGGCCAUCUCAUGAGUCGUUUAAGGACAAAGAAGGCCCCAACAAGUAUAAAUACCAUCACUCUAUUUAAGGUAAGUAAUAGAGGCCCUUGCACUUGGAUAGUUUUUUUUGAGUCCCAGGUAUGGUCAACACAGUCAGGUGUAGUAGUUUAUGCACAAUUAUCAAUAUUCUAAGAGCUGAGAGGAAUCUAUACAUUUACCUAAGAUAAGGUUGCUUAAUUGGGAGUUAUUUUUGACUGAUUAACAAAAUAGAGAAACUAAAUUAAAACUUAGUACAGAGUCAUGAAUGAUGGUUCAUUGAGGAGGGUAAAAGGCACUAGAAGGGACCUUUGGGAAUUCCUCUUCUUUGAAAGGGGGGCACUUAGGUUCAUCAGGGUUCUACGACUUGUCCAAGGUCAUUGUCAAGCCAGGACCAGAAUGUUCCAGGCUUAGCUCCACUGCUGGCUUCUUGCUGCCCCUGAGUUUGGAGCAGCACGGCAGGAACUCCCUCAGUGGAACCAUAGAAAUUUCCCGAAAUGGCUACCUCUGACUCAAGAGGUGAGGAAUUUUGAGGUGUGAGGCCGCCAAAGUGUUUAAUGAAAGGUGGGGCCACUGGGCACCUUGGGGAAGAAACAAAGCCAAAUCCCAGUGUAAGGCAUGAGCAGGCAGCAGUGAAUGGAGCACGGGCUAGUGACUCUGCAGGGGGCAAGUGCUGCCCCAGCAGUGGUAGGCUCUGUAGGACAAGUGCCUAUAGCCAGGCCCCAGCAAGAGAAGACAGAGUCCUGAUGACAUCAUACACAGCUUGCUCCUCACGCAUUUCAAAAUACAAGUGUAUCCUCAGUGCAUACAGCUAGGGAACUUGCUUAUGGAAAUGCCCUGGGCUGUGUGUGGGGGGGGGGGGUCCCAGGAAUGUAGGAUCCAGGUUGCCAGAAGGGGGCACGGAUCAAGACCAGACAGAGAGCUCUGAAUUCACGAUCCUUGUGCCACAUGUUUCCACUUGUUUCCUACAGUUUCAAUGAAAAGGCAUCAAUUACCUAGGAAAAAAGAAUACAGUGAAGUGAUUGAUUAUUGCAACCCUUAAGCCAUUUGUGAUAGGGGAUAUAUGUAUUUGCCAUUUCAGAUCCCAAUGCCAGAAACACAAAAGGGUUCUCGUGUUCUUUAGGAAGACUAAGCCAGGCUGCCUGAGCUUGAGUCAAGGCCUCUCUCAUUACCAGCUCUGUGACCAUUGGCAAGCAACUUAACUUUUUUUGUGCCUCAGUUUCUUUACCUACAAGAGAAGAAAAUGACUUACUUCAUAGUGGUGUUGACACAUGGUAAGUGCUAUGUAAUAACUCAUUACCUUAUUGUUAUUGAUGAAAAACUGCAUUUGGACUUCGAAAACAAUAUUUCAGAAUUUGUACAGAGUACCCACACUUUGUGCUGGUUGAGAGAAGUCAUUUUAAGCCAACUAAGUAUGACGGAAGAGUUCUAUGACUUCUGAGGCUGGGGCAAAAGAGGCCUCGCAGUGUCUGCCUUGGUCCUUGGGAACGCAUGCUUCUGUAAAGAGUCCAGCCACUCUGAGCCUACUACACUGGGAAAAACGCCAAGCUAGCCAUGUGGCAAGGCUGUGUGGAGGGAGACACAUGGCCAGCUCUGCCUGUGCCAGGCCAGCUGAGGCAUCAGCCAUGUGAGUGAAGAACUAAUUUUGGAGCUGAGCCUUCAGACAACUCCAGCCCCAACUGCAUAAGACCCCCAUGGAGAACCACCCAAGUGUUCCCCAUCAACCUACAGAAACAAGAAAUCUUAAAUUUUGCUUUAGGCUACUAAGUUUUGCAGUGGUUUGUUAAGCAUAGAUAAUUAAAACGUUUCUCAUCAAGGAUAUUUCCCUUCAACUGUGGCCCUCUGUUAUGGACUGAAUGAUGUUGACACCUAACACCUAAUCCCCAGUAUGAUGGUACUUGGAGGUGGGGCCUUUGGGAGGCAGUUAGGUAACGAGGUCAGAGCCUUCAUGAAUGGGAUUUAUGCCCUUCUAAGAAGUCAGAAUUGUUCUCUUUUUCCACCAGUGAGGAUAUAACAAAUCCACAGUGCUGCAACCUAGAAAGGGACUUCACCAGAACCUGUCCAUGCUGAUACCCUGAUCCUGUUCUUCCAGCUCCCAGAGCUGUGACGUGUUUCUGUUGUUUAAAGUCCACCUAGCAUAUGGGACUUUGUCACAGAAGCCAAAGAGGACCAAGAUACCCUCAUAGGCCCUGGGCCAAGACUGCUCACUUUCGGCCCUUUUCCCACAUUUGCAGGUCUUUACCCCUGCUUUAGGUUAUCAACAAAUAAUUUUCAAAAUAUCUUUCAAUUUAGUCCUCUUUAUACUUUAUGGUUACCUUUAGACCAUGUGGGAGGCAGGGUAGAGGUGAUACUUACAUUUUUCCUUUAAAUAAGCCUAUUCAAGACAUUUCCCAGAUAAAAUCAACUUUACUCAAGAUAAAUUAUGCAAUUUUCCUGAAAGGUUUUGGCAGCUGCAGUGAUGGUUUCAAAUGCCACUCUUUCCCCUUCUUGCUACAUAUGUAGAAACUACAGAAAUAAGAUGAGAAUAUAUCAAAAUGUUAACAGGAAUUGCCUCUCAAUGACUCUUUCCUACCUUUAAAGUGCCUUUUGUUACUUCAUUCCCAAAAACAAGGAUAAGUUACUUUUAUAACGUAAAUGUUUUAACAAACAUUAACAAAUUUAAGUGAAGGUAUAAAGCAGGGUCAGAGGAUGUCAUGGGGUUAGGCCAGUAGGGGGCAGGGUCAAAUGCUGCAUUUGCUGCUGGGCCACCAACCUUGUCCACCUCCCACUUUUCCCGCUAGGGAGACACUGUUCCCACCACAAGGCCACACAGCCUGUGAACCUCUCCCAGCCAGCAGGACCCUACAGAAUGCCUGCUGGUGGCCUUCUGGGGGUGUUCCUCCCUAGUAAAACAAGACAAAGGAGAAAAGCUCCUUUUCUGCGAUCAGAUGUUCUGUCUACAAUGUCGGAAUCCAUGGCUACCAUGCAGAUUUCAUGAGGUGACAGCCUGAAGCUCAGGACAGUGGGCUGAGGUGGUGAGCCUGGUCCAACUCAGGGACCACAUGCUUCAAGACUGCCUUUUUUGAGGUUACCGCUGUGGUGGGUUCAGUGGUCUGUUAUUUCCAGCUGAGGCAUCUUAACUUGGGAUGCGAGGACACUUUCCCUGUCCAGGGUGAGUUGUGCCCAUGGUGAGCAGGGAGAUGUGAAGAGAUCAAUCAAACUCUCCUCUGGGACAGAACACAGACAGCUGGCUAGUGACCCAGGAGCUCUGAGGAUCUAGGAUUGAUCUGCAGAAAGGCAGCCUGCACUGACGAGGGAUCGCGAGAUGCCUUCUGCCUCAGGCCCCUCUGCAGUGUGUGCUCUCCAGCUAAGGCAGCAGGGCCUGGGCUCACCUGCUGGAGCAGACAGGAGUCGAGGCCGGGCAUAGCCGUGAAGAGUCUGUAAAUCUCUCACCAGUGGAGUCACGUCUUCUCAUUUGGGACAAGAAGAGAGGUCAGGGCCCCAUUUAUUUGCCUUUUAUGGUUUACUCCGUCAGAUCAAACCAUCAGAGAAGGUUUGUUUUAUGAACUUGACACAAAAUAGUUUCAAGGCCUAAGGGUAACAGCAUUCUCUGUAUCUUCUUCAUAAAUGAAAAGCUGGAAAAUCUCUGGCUUUUGGUAAAUUCACCAUGAAAUGACCAGUGUUCUGGACACAGGUUGUAAUAGUUCUUCCCUGCCUCAAGGCUGCUGCAGUUACUUCAUUCAAAAUGAAGUGUUUCAAGGUUUCAGAACAAGAACAAUUGAAAAGCUAUAAAUAGUGGCUAAUUUGGUGUUCAAAGGUCAGGCAAUAAUCUCACCUAUAUUUUAGCUCAGUGAAUAGUAGGAGGGUGACAGCCUCACUUAUGUUAUUGGACCUUUUUUAUGUACACCUUUAAAAAAUGUUUCACAUUGUUUUUAACCUCUCCUUCAGUGAACUUUAAAAUUGAAACAAAGUAAAAUUUUAAAAAGCAUUAUAUAUGUAGAAAUGAAAUUUUGUAUUUCUUAGCUUUAAAUGUAAAAGCAGGUAGAGUGGACAAUUAUUGUUUUGCCUGACAAUCAUCUUUUCCUAGAAACUCCUACUUCUGGGAAAUGUCUCAUCCACAUAGUUAGCAUACAUCUCCACAUUAGUACAAUGUGACCCAAGCCAUGAGGAUUUCCCGUUAAAAUCCCAGAAGCCUGCAGGCGGGUACUGGUCCACUUGACCCUACCCUCUCAAAGAGUUUAGAGUGCAAGCUCAGCAACCAAGCUAAGUCUGAGCAUUGUCUCCAGUUAAGGAUAUAUAAAUCUGGAAAAUUUUGGUAUUAGCUGUUUAUUUAAAAAAUAAAUUCAUUUUUUUAGAACAGUUUUAUGUUCAUAGCAAAAUGGAGAGGAAGGUAUAGAGAUUUCUCCUAGACUCCCAGCCCCCACAUCACACAGCCUUCCUGGCUCUCCACACGCUGGUGGGCCCGAGACUCUAUAGGCUUUUCCUCCAUUCAGACCUUACAGGAGACUGCAAGGAUUCUCAUGGAUGCCAACCCCAGAAUGGCCUCACUACCAAGCAGGCCAGGUAGGGGCCUUGAGGGUAAAGGGGUAGGAUUGACAUUGGAGUCAAAAAGUCUUGAUGGGGUACCUAGCACCUCUAGGAGGUUUAUGGUUCUCACCUGCAAUGAGGCCCAGAGCCCCUCAACCUUGCCCUAUGCCUUGUACACCGACCUUCAUUCUGCCCAUUGUUUUCCAGGUGCCCCAGACCCUUGCUUGGCUUCCCUGCAUUUUUCUCAUCUCUCUCUUCUACCUGGAGUGUACUUUUCUUUUUCUGGAUCCCCAUUUCUUCUUCUAUAAUGAGUGAUAGUAAUUCUCUUUCUCUUCUAAGAGUCAGAUGGUUAUUGAAAGGUGCUGGGUCCAUCAGCCUGGAGAUGAGACUCUGGCAGAGAAAAUCAUCUUGACCAGAGGUACUCUGGAAGGCAGGACCACAAGCUCUGGGGAGAAUGACAGGGAGAGAGAUUUUAGUGAAGCGCUGAUGAAAACCAGAGAUAGAACAUGCUGCUUUGGGAAAUAGUGACGUCCCAAUCCUAAAGGAGGUAAGAGGAACUGGAGAGUCCUUUGGCAAAGAAGCUAGAAGUGGAGAAUAAACAGGGUUUGGACUUGAAAAGCCUAGCUCUAAGAAAGUCCUAACAUCAGCUUUGGAAUCACACAGAUCUGUGUUCAAAUCCAAGUGCCACCUCUUACCAACCAGAUUACCAUCACCUCUCUGAGCCUUGGUUGUCUUACAGGGAAGUAAUCAAAGUGUCUGCCUUGUAGUGUUUUGGGGGGAUUCAUUAAAGUGGGACACAGGGAGGGCCAGCAGGCCACAGGUGCUCAGUACUUGGGAAAUGCCCUGAAAUCACCAGUUGGUUGGAAAGGAUGUAAACAGAGUGUUGAGCACGAUGGGGAGGACAUUGGUGCUAUCCGCAAGGCCAGAGUCUGCAAAGGCCACCUGCAGGCAGGAAGAGAGGUUGGAAGCAGGUAGUGUAUUCUAAGCUGGGGAACAAAGGGGGAAAAUGAAUUGGCUAUACAUGCAUUGAUUUUUUUUCUGAACACUCUAAUUCUGUUCCAUUGCUUUUUAAAUCUGUUUCCAUCAAUGCCAUACUGUCUUGAUUCUGGCUUUAUACUGUCUUGAAAUCUGGGGAUAUAAGUUCUAACUUUGUUCUUCUUUUGCAGUGUUGGAUUAUUACAUAUCCUUUGAAUUUCCCUGACAAGUUUGGAAUCAGCUUGUGUACAUAACUGUAUUAAUAAAUAAAUUAAU